AUGACACGAUACAUUCUGGGCAGUGUAAUAGGGUCGGGAACAUAUGGCGAGGUGUAUGAGGCAAUAGAUACAGAGACAAAGGAAAAGGUUGCCUUGAAAAGGAUAAAGCUCAAUGAGAGAGAGGGAAUGCCUGGAACUGCACUCAGAGAAAUAUCAAUCCUGAAGAAGCUCAAUCAUAGAAAUGUUAUAAGCUUGGUGUCUACAAUCCACACAGACACAUUACUGACUAUGGUGUUUCCAUUCAUAGACUAUGAGCUAAAAAAGUACAUCGAGAUGAACACAGGAAUGAAUGUAAUGGAGCUCAUCAAUCAAUUGAUAUGUGGGGUGCAUUACCUACAUAGAAUGAAUGUUGUUCAUAGAGACCUCAAGCCUCAGAAUAUCCUUGUCACGAGCGAUGGAGUGCUUAAGAUAGCAGACUUUGGAUUGUCAAGAAGCCUUGAGAUAAGGGUUCCACCCUACUCCAGUGAGGUGGUCACUCUUUGGUACAGAUCCCCCGAACUACUCAUGGGAAGCACAAGCUACAAGUUUUACGUAGAUAUAUGGAGUUUGGGAUGUAUAAUCUACGAGAUGAUAACGCUCGAGCCUCUUUUUCCAGGAGAAAGCAAAGAGAACCAACUGACUCUAAUCAGAAGAAAGGCAGGAACACGAAGGUCUCUUAAGAAUGUGAUUGAGAAAAACUUGACUGCACCAAAGUUUUUGAUGGAGAUCAUGCUAAGAUGCCUCGACUUCAAUUACAACCAGAGGAUUAGUGCAGACGAAAUAGUAGAGAUUCUUGAGAACGAAUAUGGGGCCCAGUGA